AUGCACUUGAACCAUCUGAAUUUUGAUGAUGAUGAAUCUGGUAAGUUGAGUUUUGUUUAUCUUAAUUAUGAUCAAGGGCUUAAAUUUAAUUAUGCUAAGUAUGAUGAAACACUUGUUAGUAGGAAAACAAGGAUGAAUUUAAACCCUCCGUUCGAGGUUGGCUCUUGUGCUGGUUCAAUCAAUGGUUUAAUUUGUAGGAAAACAAGGAUGAAUUUAAACCCUCCGUUCGAGAUUGGCUCUUGUGCUGGUUCAAUCAAUGGUUUAAUUUGCUUGGACUCAUCGUAUACUGGUAUCUCAGACAAUGGUAUCCUUCCAAAGUCUAAUUAUGGACCUAGUUUUAUCUGUAACCCAAUCACAAGAGAAUAUAUUAUCCUUCCAACAUGUAAAGGAAUUUACUUGUGGAAUGGAUUUGGUUACAGUUCUUCAACCAAUGAAUACAAAGUUAUUAGAAUCUGUUCCAAUCCAAGAGACCCGCAUUUUGGAAUUGCUCCAGUAUACAUUCUCGGGAGUGACAGUGUAUGGAGAAAUGUGGGAAAGAUGCACAUGGAUAAAAAAUACGAGAGACGACAUGGUGCGUUUGCAAAUGGAGCUUUUCAUUGGUUGAACCACCACGAAAAAACCAUUUAUGCUUUCCAUUUGGCGGACGAAUACUUUAGUGACUUUCCAUCACCACCUUGUGUGGCACGACCUGGUUUUUCAUAUUUUCCUGAUAGAAUAGGGGUUUUAGAUGAUUGUCUCAGUGCUUACUCUUCUUCCAGGAAUUGUGAGAUAUGGUUACUGAAGAAGAACAAAGAUAAUAAUGAUUACAGUGUUGGGGUUCAGAUUCAUCUACGUGCUAAUCUUGUGUAA